AUGGAGGCCUAUGGUCUCAGUGAGCAUAGGUGGUUCCGCCAGAUGUUUGAUUUACGUGCAUUUUGGAUUCCAGCUUUUUUUCAAGACUUGCCUAUGUGUAGUUUGUUGCGAACGACUUCCCGGUCGGAAUCGCAGAAUAGUUCAUUUGGGGGUUGCACUAAUUGUCAUGCGAGCUUAGUGGAGUUUUUCUUUCAUUUUGAAGGUGCUAUUGAUUGCCAAAGGCAUAAGCAGGCUAAGCUCAAUGCGGCAUGUGAGGGCCAUUUGCCAGUGGUGAAGACGCCUUUGGCAAUUGAGCGAUAUGCAGCUGCUGUUUAUACUAUUACUGUAUUCUAUGAGGUGCAGGUAGAGAUUGUGGCUGGGUGUUUUGAUUGUUCUGUUGUGUCUUCCGUUGUUGAUGGUGUCUUAAAACGUGUUGGAGUAGAAGACACAUAUGGUAAUGUGUAUAUUGUUGUAUAUAAUCCAACCGAAACUACAGCAGAUUAUUCCUGUCGGAUGUUUCAGCGUGUGGGCUUGUUGUGUAGGCAUAUAUUUCUUGUCUUCAAGGAUGCUCGUUUGGAUUCUAUUCUGCCUUGCUACUUGGUUUCUCGGUGGACACGUGAUGCCUACAAGCAUCCAAUUUAUGAUAUAGAAGGGGUUCAUGAUGAUGUUGUUGUAGGUGUGGCCAAUAACAGGGGUGAUUCGAAGCAGGAGUUGAAACUGUCAUUUGUCAAUGCCGACACUAGUAUUGGUACGUCCGUUGGUAAGUCUGGUGUUGUUCAAGCGUUUGGUGGUGUGAUCAGGUCUCCUAAUAUUCUUGUCCACCCACCAACCGUUGCUAAGAAUAAGGGUUCUGGGAAGCGGUUCAAAUCAGCCAAAGAGCUUGCUGCAGAGAGAGCUGCAAAGUCUACACGAGAGUGCAAGACUUGUCACAAAUAUGAUGGGCAUGACAGUCGUAAUUGCCCGCUUAAAGACUUGUUUAUAAAAUAA